GCAACAGCUAAUAAACUGCAGAAGAAGAAAAGCCACAGACAGUGUUUUCCAGAGAAAACACCACUUCUCUGGACUUCCAGGCGGACAGCAGACCCUGAACAGACGCCCACUUCUUAACCAACAUCUCUACAUUUUUUUUCAGUCUGAUUUCUGACUGAAGCCGCCACGAACAAUGGACGGAAAAGCUAAAAACAAGGUGGUGACAUCAGGAAGACUGACUGGAGCAGGUAAAGUGGGUAGACUAUCCCCAAAUGUGGUGCAAGCAGCCCGGCCUGACCCAGCUUAUUCCCUGUACUCCACAGACUCUGAGGACCAGGCCACCUCUCUCCACAAGGGUCUGGACUACUGUGCUGCCUUGCUAAAUGGCAUCCUUCAGACAGACAAUGCAGCCUCUCCAGACCUUUCCAGAAAACUAAAAACAGGAGCAACUAAAUCAAGACCAUCCUCCACCUCACACGGAAAGAAGAGCACUAAGAAGCUCCUAUUUAAAACAGCUUCACCUCUUUCCAGAACAAUGAAGGUUGGAGCAAAAUCAAGACCAUUGACCUCAGAGGGAAAGACCACCAUGAAGAAACUGCCCACAAAAACAGUAUUGGCUACAAACCAGCAGAGUUCUCAGUCAGGCCUGCAUGGACCUGGCAGAUCAGCUCCAAGGACUUCGAGACAACUCCUGCAACGUCACAACCUAAAACCUCCAAACCUUUCAGACCCUGACCCUCCAUCUCAGCUUGACAUGACCGUCCGGCUUCCUGCUCAGCUUCCAACCUCUCUAACAGGUCAAACUGAAGGUCGGAGUGUUUCUGAACACACACACUGUGAAUCAGAGAGAGAAGAGGAGCUGGUUCCUGUUAGAGACACAAACAUCCAGAGAUGUGCAGAAUCCCAGCCAGCUGUCAUCUGCACGGCGAGGAUGUCCAGUCUGCAGCUGGAAACGAGACAGGAGGAUAAAAUCCCUGCGGAGGAGGAGAGCUGCGACAGGACAGAAGAAAAGAUGAAAACAGUUCAGGGUCUGCUGGGAGAACUCAGGACUCUGAUCUCUGGAGAAGACAGUGAAGCAGAGAGGCUGCUCAGCCAUCUGGAGCAGGUUGUUUCUUCACCACAGCUGAACAUUAGUGGCUCAAACAUCCCGGCUUUUGGAGCGGUGGCUGCAUCUUUACAGCAGAUUUAUCAGGAAGAGGAAACGCUCUGUAACUCUGAAGUGCUGCAGGAUGAACUCCUCAUAGCUCAGUCCAGACUACAGGAGCUCCAGAAUGACUUGGCAGAGCUACGGAAAGCCCUUCAGGACACACAGAACCAGCUGCAGAACACAGAGGUGGAGAAUUCACUCAUAAAGAAAGACUUGGAGCUUACAAGAAGUCGACUGCUAGAAAGUGAGCGAGAAAAGCGCGAGCAAGCCGCACUUUCCCAGAAAAGACUGGAGGAGAUAGGAAAACUGAAAAGGUUUAUUCAGAUGCAGUGUUAUUCAGAUCGUUGUGAUGUUGAUGAAAACUCAGUCACAGAACAUUUCAGCCAACACACUGAUGGACAGGAUCCAGCCGAGCCUUCCGCUGAUCGGAUCAACCGGUACCUGAUGUCUCUGAGCGAAGUGGAGCCCACUCACAUGCAGCCUGUGUGUACGGCUGCUCCUCAACAGAACCUUCAUCCCAAACCAUUGAGUGUGGGUGACACCCUUAGAUGUGGGCGGCCAUUCAGCUGUACAUCACAGUGUGACGGGGAAUCUGUGUGGUCUUAUUGGAGCAUGAAGUCCGGGUCAACCUUUAACACCAGAGACGAGGCAGCGUUCAGAGACGGCCUGGCAGCUCUGGACGCCAGCAUUGCCAGUCUGCAGGAAACAAUUCAACUGGACCUGAAGAAGUGACGCCAACUGAAUGUAGAAACUACGCUUUCCUACAGCCUGUGAAGCAUUCUGCUUUUAGACUUUUCUGAUUUGUUAAAGAAAGUAAAAUUUAAGAAAUAAAAUAAAACUUUUUAAAAAGCA